CGUGCUCCGUGUAACCAAUCCGUGCAGACGCAGGCGAGCAAAAAAUACUAUGAUUGUUCAUAGAGGGGAGCUUCCCCCUUAAGAGUGCGAGUCGUUUUAUUUUGAGUGCUCGCAUCAAAACAAAAAAAUGUCUUCCAGCGGCGCCCUAGCCAGCUGCUACGCGGACGCCGUUCUCGGUCCGGACGCGGAGGACGUGUACGGCUCGCGCUUCAUUCAGCCUCCCCCGCACACGAUGGCCCCCACCAGGCCACCGGGCGCCGGGGAGCACCUCGCUGACUUCUCCUCGUGCAAUUUCGCUCCCAAAUCCACCGUCUUCCCCCCGUCGUGGCCGCCGGUUCACCCACAGGGGCUCUACCACCACCCGUACGCGCACCAGUCCGACCCAAGAUGCGUCGGGGCGCGAUCCUGGAUGGACCCGGUCCCCGACCUCGUCCCCCGCUUCGCCGGAUUCCCCCCCGGCCGACGCGCGCCCUGUGCUCCGAAGCCGGAGCCUUCCCCGCCGAAGAUCCGCGACGCCAAGCCGGGCCAUGAGCCUCGAAGUCGGCCUUUUGUCGAGGAUGUCCCCGAAGGUCCGGAGAGGGCGCAGAGUGGAAGUGAACUUUCCAACCACAGCGAGCCCAAAGAGGAGAAACAAGUUGACCCAAGCAACCCGGCAGCGAAUUGGAUCCACGCACGCUCCAGUCGAAAAAAGCGCUGUCCCUACACUAAAUAUCAGACUCUAGAGCUGGAGAAGGAGUUCCUGUACAACAUGUACCUGAGCCGGGACCGGCGCUACGAGGUGGCCCGCAUCCUGAGCCUGAGCGAGAGGCAAGUCAAGAUCUGGUUCCAGAACCGCAGGAUGAAAAUGAAGAAGAUGAACCGAGAGAGAGGCGGAAAGGAGCAGCUAUAGGAUUGCACUCAGGACGAGUUUGGAUUUUUAUUUUGAAAAAAAAAAAGAACACUAUUUCUAUGAUUUGAUUUCAAGGCACCCAAGAGGCACUGUGGAUCACGUUCCGGUGAAGCCAUCAUUUCUCACUUGAUUUUCUUUUUUUUUUUUUUUUUGCAAUUGAAUAAGGUGACAAAAAGGGACGUGAGUGUGUGUAUGUUUACGUGUGGCAUAUAUUUGCUUUUAGUUGUAUAUAAAGAUUUUUCACCGUUCUUUUGUCUGACCUUUCUGUUGGAACACAUUUGGAGGCAGGCAGCGUGCAUUAGACACACAAAAUGUCAAGUGUGUGUGUGUGUGUGUGUGUGUGUGUGAUGCGUUUAGUAAUAAACAAUGUUUUAUCAGUAAUACAUCUGACCUUUCUGAUAGAAUUGCACAUUUA